AUGGCUGAUGGUGUGACUACGUGGGACUGUUACAGUAAGGAGAGUGGAAGGGAUUGGAACAAGCAGCCGGGGCUUGCCAAUAGGGUGGUGCCAGGUGGAGUGGUUGCGUUAGGCGGUGCGGGUACAGGGGAAGAUGGGGAGGAAGGCUUGAGGAGGGAGAGGGAGGAAAGUGGGGGAGGCUUGACAGAGGAGGAGGAGGGGAAACUGCAGAAGCCGACAAGGUGUAUUCCCAACGGAGAGGGUAGUAUUAUGAUCGAGGAGCAGCAAUAUAGCGGUUAUUGUGUCCUAGGGAAGGGAGUGGAGGUGGAAGGGGGUACAUCUGGUGGUGCGGGUGAUGCUCUUGAGGCCUCCCUGUCUGGGGCUGCUGUUAACGGGGCUGCACCUGUUGCUGCUCCUCCUUCUCCUCCUGCUCCUGCUCCUGCUCGUGCUCCUUCUCCUGCGCCUGCUCCUCCUGCUGCUACUGCUACUGUGACCGUCAACUCUGGUGGAAUCGUGUACUUCGCACUGUUCCGACAAAAGGUGCAUGAGGCUGGACCAAAACGGGGCGAACCCGGCCACAAAAGAGCAGAGGAAGAAGCCGCGAAUAGGGCGAUCGAGGGAAAGCUAGGAGCGCAAAUUCCGCCUCAAGACACGCUUCACAGUGAAGAUAACAGAGGAGUGGAAAAAGCUGGGAGGGAAUGGUUAGGCGGUGAAGGAGAAGGGGUGGAUCCCCAGCCGGGACUGGCAGCAGCGUGCAUAAAAUUCGCCGGGUCGCGCAUUGUGGUGCAAUCGGAACGAUUUGGAGCAGAGCUAGCCAUGCACCUAGGCAUUGCCACGCCCCAGGUACGCGUGGUGCACAGAGGGAAUCACGGCAGGAGCAGCACCCACAGCAGCCCCGUGCUAUGCAGUGCAACAAACGCCAACAGCUCCAGCGGUAGCGGUAGUGGCACUACAGGAAGGAGGAGGGCGACGGUAACAGGAACCAGUAGUGUGGCGUCUCUGGGUGGUUCUGGUUCUGGCGCUGGCGCUUGCAGUGACGACCGAUUUGCACUGGAUAAAGAGAACCAGCAGCAGGGGUAUCUAGGUCGAGUGGACAGUUGCGGUCCGGGCCAUGAUGCGGCUUUGUCAGCGCAUGAGCUUGCUGUGAAGCAGGGUCGCGAGUGGGACGAGGUGGUGUUGGCUGUGGAAAGGCUGAGGGAGAGAGAGGUUGAGGCGAGAGGGGAGGGGGGUAGGGGCGGGAGAGGGGAGGAGGUGGACGGGAGGGAGGGUGGAGGGAAGGAGGAGGCGAGUGCGGUGGAGGAGUUUCUGGAAGCCCUGCAGCUGAGCCGAUGCUUCUUGUUCAUGGGUGACAAAAAUCAGAAGGAGCAGCAGGGGAAUCAGGUAACACAGUUGCCAGCAGGACAGGAGGUAGAGCAGGUGCGUGUGGGGCAGGAGGUGGUGGUGAUAGACUCGUCCAUCUGCCGCCGUGUGCCGCCCGGGCUGGCAGAGCAGGACAGGGAGGCCAUUCCACGCCUCGUGCAGCUGUUGCUGCAUGACCCUUGCUUUGCCGCGCACACACUCUUCCACGCCUCCUUUGGUGCCCUGGGCGAGCGGCACAAGCAGGACGAGCAGGGCGUGCAGGACAAGCUGCGCGCCCUGGGCGCCACUGUGCUCCCGCCAGAAGCAGCUAAUGACGAAACGCGCGCGUUCCAGCAGGGGUUCCGGGAGGCGGUGGAGGAGAUGGGGCGCGUGCAGCGCACGCUGGCAGCACUGCACUCGCGGCUGGACGACAUGCUCCGCGCCUUCCUCGCGUUUGUCACCUCUGUACCUGCACUCGACGGGCCAGGGGAGGGUGGACGAGGCGGGGAGAGUGGGCAAUUGGGGGAGCGUGGGAAAAGUGGGGAGUUUGGGGCAUGUGGGGGAGACCGGGAGAGUGGGGGGCGGAUGGGGUAUGGUGGCAGGAGGGACAGUGACAGUGACAAGCAGGAGAGCGUGGUGGGACGAGAGGGAAGGGUGGGAGAGUGUGGAGGGAGAGGAGGGGUGGGAGGAGGAGUUGCAGGAGGAGGGGUGGGAGGAAGAGGGGGAGCACUGGUUGAUAUAAACACAACGACCCCCUGUGGCACUAGUGAGGGUGGUGCUUCCAGAGAGCUAGAGAUUUCAAUUACAGUGCAAGAGAUGUCAGAUAAUGCUCACAUGACAUCUGCAGGCCAAGACACUGAACAGUUCCCUCCACCUCCUCUCUUCCCUUCCGCUGCCUCGUCCUCUCAUCCUCCCCCUUCUGUUCUGUCGCCUGUUCCUGAAGCAGAAGACCCCAUCUCCCCUGACUCCUCUCCUCCUUCUGCCACCACUGCUGUAGCCAGAACCACGUCAUCACCAUCCCCUUCCACGUCAUCAGCAUCCCUUCCCACGUCAUCACUCUCCCACGACGAUUCAGCCAGCAGGGCCCUACAUCUGCCCUCCCUCCGCCCCCCUGUCAUCUCAGCAGCAGAAGAUACUAUGGAGGAGCCUUUCAAUGCACCUGCCCCAGAUCUACCUUCCCCAGUAACACCCUCCCCUCGCACAGCCGGCUCACAUAGUACCGCCCUGUGGUCGCCCCACACCCCCAGGGACUUCGAAUCUUCCCUCAACUCCUCCCCCCAGGCGGCCCCCCUUUCCCCUCGAGCACCCCCCUCUGCUGAAACCUCUCCCUGUAAGGGGUUUCCCCGUUGCGAGAGGUACUUGAGUGCUGUCAACUCCCAGUCUUCCUCCUCCUUUCCUCCGUCUCCUAGCGAGGAGUCGUACUCACAGCAUGUGAUGAGGCGGAUAUCACCUCCCCCAGUCAUGCCUCCCUCUGCUGCUGGGCCUGCCACCAGCAGCAUGCACACUCCCCCAGCCAACCGCACCCGUCUCCUCGCUCGCAGUCCCACCUCUCGCCCCACCCACAAAUCCUCCUCCCUCAAAACCCCCUCCACUUUCCAAACCCCUUCCCACAAAACCCCAUCCCACAAAACCCCGUCCUCACACAAAACCCCCUCCAACCCGCGUCAUGCACCCGCCUCCAUCAGCAAAUCCGCAGCCAAAGCGGCCGCAUGGAGGGCAUCUCUGGGUGGUUUACCCUCGCGGCUGAGCAUGAAGAUCCGCGGGGUGAGGAAGUCGGCACAGGGGGACGAGGAGCUGAGGGAGGAGGUGCAGCGAUGGGACGGCAUGAUGCGGGAGGAGGCGGGGCGGAUAUGCAAGGCGGCUGCGGUGCCGUUUGUGACAGGGUUCAUGGAGGCGAGUGGAGGGGGCAGUGCGCACAGCCUGGUGGAUGCUUACGAAUUGAAGGUUCGUCUGCACCACCUGCUGGAGCGGUGGGGCCUGGUGCAGGACUCGAUGGCCACUGAGCGCCCCUCGCUCGUCCUCCCGCAUCUCUACCUGGGGUCCGCCAUUGCUGCGCGCUCCUUCCCCCUGCUGCACCACCUGGGCGUGCGCCAUGUGGUGACGCUCUGCCCCACUGACCUGCUGGACCCAGAUGCGGAGCAGUCCCCCCUCUUCAACUACCUCGUGCUGCCGAUGCGCGACUCGGACCGGGAGGAUCUGAGCAAGUACAUUGACACAACGAGCAGCUUCCUGGAAGCUGCCAUUAGCAAGGGCGAGGGGGUGCUGGUGCACUGCUAUGAGGGCCGCAGCCGAUCCGUCUCGAUCGUGCUCGCUUACCUCAUGACCAAGAGGUGUGUAUGCGCAUGUCCCUGGCGCCGCAUGGGUGGUGCUGCACUCCGCGGCUCCACCCACCCCCAUGCCCACCCCCCCAACACCGCCUUCCUCCGCCAGCUGGUCCUCUUGACCAAAAAGCGCAUGCCCCUGGCGGAGGCAUGGGUGAUGCUGCAUUCCGCCCACCCCCACGCCGCCCCCAACACCGCCUUCCUCCGCCAGCUAGUGGCCCUCGACAGACAGCUCUUCCCCCCUCCCCCUCCUGCACCUCCCUUUCCCAUUUUCCCUCUUCCUUUCCCCUUACCAUCUCUUUUCUCUAACUCUUCUCCUUCUGUGCCCCCCUCCCUGCGCUCCUUGCCUCCUCCCCCCGCCCCUCGUUCCCCACUCCCCCCUGUCCUUUCCCCCCAGGCGCAUGCCUUUGGCAGAGGCAUGGGUGGUGCUACAUUCCGCCCAUCCCCACGCCGCCCCCAACACCGCCUUCCUUCGCCAGCUAGUGGCACUUGA